ACACCUACACUUACACAUGGUAAAUCGCAUUCAAAACAAUGAACGACCAUUAGUUUUCAAUUCUAUAUUUUACCAAUUUGGCGACAUGUUCGUGUUGGCCGAACUGAAGGACAAUGUGCGAAUUGCGCCGGACCAGUUCCACCUAAAGUUGGUGGACGCGGUGCGGGACGAGAUCGACCGCAAGCUGGCCAAUAAGGUUCUGCUUAACGUAGGACUGUGCAUUGCCCUUAAGGACAUAGUCUCACUGAAGGACUCGAUUAUUCUGCCGGGCGACGGAGCCUCGCACACGGAGGUUCUAUUCCGGUACGUGGUCUUCCGGCCGAUGGUGGGCACUGUGAUCACAGGAAAGAUCCGGAAUUGCAGCCGGGAAGGGGUGCAUGUGACACUGGGCUUCUUCGACGACAUCCUCAUCCCACAUGCCGCCCUGCAGCAUCCCUCGCGAUUCGAUGAGGCCGAACAGGCCUGGGUCUGGGAGUAUCCACUAGAGGAUGGCGCUAAGCACGAUCUCUUCAUGGACGUGGGCGAGCCAAUCAAGUUCCGGGUGUCGCGCGAGAUCUUCGAGGAGACGUCGCCCAUUGGACCGCCCAAGGCGGAGGCCCAGUCACAACAGGGACCCAGCACUUCCUCGGCUGCCGCUUCAGCCGCAUCCCAGGAGGUCAAGACACCUUACAGGAUUAUUGGUGCCAUUAACGAAUCCGGCUUGGGCGUGCUCUCCUGGUGGGAUCAGCAGGGUAAGGACGAGGAGCAGGACGAUGAGGAGGGUGACGAUUACGACAAUGACGAGGAUGGCGAAGGCGCCUGCGAGGAAUGACCCUGACGUUUACUCAACUGUAUGAUAAGUGCCCAUAGUACUGUUGCUAAGAGAUCGAUUUAAAAAAGGAGUUCUUAGCAAACUUCGCUAAAUUUUGAUUUCAGUUUUAAGAUGAAGUAGAGUUUGCAAAAUUAAAGGAAUAUAAUUUAUACUAAAACUGAAA